CUCAUCUAACAAUAACAAUGGCGGCCUACACAAGCUCCAGACGUGUGUUGGCAGCAGCCCGUCUCCUGCGUCAGUGCUUGUACCAGAGUCAUGCCUACUCCUCCCAGAGCACACCUCGCAUCACCACACACUACUCCAUCCAUCCUCGAGACAAGGAUCCGCGGUGGAAAGAUGUGGACAUGGAACGUUUCUCAGAUGAAGCUGAUGUUGUGAUCGUGGGUGGAGGGCCGUCAGGGUUGUCAGCAGCAUGUCGCCUCAAACAGAUGGCCAAUGAGCAGGGGAAGGAACUCCGUGUGUGUUUGGUGGAGAAGGCAGCAGAAAUUGGUGGGCACAUAUUGUCUGGUGCCUGUGUAGAGCCUCAUGCUAUCAGUGAACUCUUCCCAGAUUACCUUGAGAGAGGGGCUCCCUUCCACACACCUGUAAAAGAAGACUCGUUUGGUUACCUCACAGAGAAGGGGGGGCGCAUCCCUAUUCCAGUAUUACCAGGAAUGCCCAUCUAUAACCAUGGUAACUACAUUGUCCGCCUCGGUAAUGUGGUCAGGUGGCUUGGAGAACAAGCAGAGGAACUUGGGGUGGAGAUCUACCCUGGAUAUGCUGCCAGCGAGGUGCUGUUUCAUGAAGAUGGAAGUGUGAAGGGCAUUGCAACAAAUGACGUGGGCAUCUUCAAAGAUGGAUCACCAAAAGAAACUUUUGAACGAGGUAUGGAGCUGCACGCGAAGGUGACAAUGUUUGGGGAAGGUUGUCACGGCCAUCUUGCAAAGCAGUUGUACAAGCAGUUUGAUUUGCGGAAAGACUGUCAGCCUCAGACGUACGGUAUAGGUUUAAAGGAAUUGUGGGAAGUAGAGCCGGAGAAGCAUCGUCCUGGUCGAGUGGAACAUACUGUAGGAUGGCCUUUUGACAGACACACCUAUGGAGGGACAUUCUUGUACCAUCUAGGGGAGGGAGCACCACUGGUUGUUGUGGGCAUGGUGGUUGGCCUGGACUAUGAAAACCCCUACAUGAGCCCAUUUCGGGAGUUCCAGAGGUUCAAGCACCACCCCAGUGUGGAGCCUCUGUUCCGGGGAGGCAAGAGGAUCUGCUAUGGAGCCAGGGCUCUCAAUGAAGGAGGACUGCAGAGUGUGCCUAAGCUGACUUUCCCUGGGGGCUGUUUAAUGGGCUGCAGCCCUGGUUUCAUGAAUGUCCCAAAGAUCAAAGGGACUCAUAACGCCAUGAAGAGUGGCAUGGUGGCUGCUGAGUCUGUGUUCGACACAAUAUUUGAUGAGAAUCUCAACUCUCCCACUGUAGGUCUAGAUCCAGAGUGUUACGAGGAACGGAUCCGUGACAGCUGGGUCUGGAAGGAGCUGCGUUCUGUCCGUAAUGUUCGUCCAUCUUUCAACACAUCAUUAGGACUGUAUGGAGGAAUCAUGUACACUGGCCUCUUCCACUGGAUACUGAGGGGCAAGGAGCCCUGGACACUGUCACACAAAGGAGGGGACCAUGAUCAGCUGAAGCCAGCGGCUGAAUCAACACCCAUCGACUACCCCAGACCUGAUGGAGAAGUCAGCUUUGACCUUUUGACCUCAGUGGCCUUGACCGGCACCAAUCAUGACCAUGACCAGCCUGCACAUCUCACACUCAGGGAUGACUCGGUCCCAGUCAACCGAAACCUUGCCCUAUUUGAUGGCCCUGAACAACGAUUCUGUCCUGCAGGUGUGUAUGAGUAUGUGGAGACGGAAGAUGGCUCUGGCAGGAGGCUCCAGAUCAAUGCUCAGAACUGCAUCCACUGCAAGACCUGUGAUAUCAAGGACCCCUCUCAGAACAUCAACUGGGUGUGUCCUCAGGGAGGGGAGGGGCCUGCCUACAAUGGCAUGUAAAAUCUUGACCCCCUCCCUAUGUGACACACCUCGCACAGCUUCAAGUUCAGGGUCUCGGCAGUAACAGUCACGCUCUGUUACAACUUGGGUUGUCAUAAUUCGCCAAUGAUGACACACCUAAAGAUUCAAUACAUGAAUCCUACACAUGCUGCCAUUCGGAUUCUGCAUCAGUUUAAAAAAAAAUUUAAUAAGUUUUGCAAUAUCUGCUAUCAGGAAAUAUAGGGCCAACUCUGAUGGCAUAAUCUAUUUGGGUGAACCUAUUUAAACCAGUUAUCUGUGUUACAAACAAAAUGCCUGAUGGGAACAUCCCGCUUUCAGUCAGGCUGCAUGGUACAUAAAGUUUCAGGCAGAACCAGUGCAAAUUGAUCAUGAGGUAGGCAUGUCAUGUCACCCUUAGACGAAGCUGAUAAAUGAUCUCAGGGACUCAACUUAUGCUGGUAUUUACAAACACAUGUUACCUAUAUUUCUGUAUUACUCUGACAAAACACAGCAAAAUGAAGUCCUUCAUCAGGGUUAGGUUUAAGCCAACACAAUCUAGAAAGCAGGACUAGCUGUUGUUGAAAGUAACCUGUUUCACAAAGAACUUGUCUUACCUUUUGUAUGACUGUGUUAAAUGUGAGUUGGAAAAUCGUAUCAUUACAUUCACUUUGUGAGCACUGCAUAUGAAAUCAUUUGUUCUUGCAGUUAUAUGAUUUGCUACAGAGUUAUUGAAUGCCAAUACUAUUCAUUUAACUUUGCCAAAACUUGAAAAUUAAGGAAUGUCCAGGGACCCUGAAAUCUCAUAUCUACAGUUCUAGAUUGUAGUGUUAUGGUUAUGGCACGGAACCCUUUACUUGUAAAUGUCAAACACUGCACAUGUGUGGAUAUAUGAGGUUAAGCAAUUCAAGUCUCUGCAUGUCCAUUUGACAUUGAUACUUGACACGAGAAUAGGGCCAGCUGCUAAUUGACCCCAUCAUAAACACUUUGUUGUUCAUCACAAAUGGAUGUGUGCCUCUGUGAAACUCUGCAACGGUAGAAGAGGAUUAGCUGUACUGUUCGAUAUGGAAGUUGUGGUUUCAAGUAGACUGAAUGUGUGAAGUGAAACAUUUGUGCUUUUGGAUGUUUUAUUUGAACCAGCCAGAGUUUUUGAUUUCAAUGCAUACAUUGACCAGAUGUUGUUGAUAAUGAAUGAUAAAAUCAACUGAAAAUGUUCAUUGUUUUGUUUGCAUUUACUAUGUAUAUCAUUAUGUAAUAUAUUUAUUUGUAAAGAAA